GUCACGUCAUCACCAACUGUGUGAAGAGUGAGUGGUGAGAGUGUGUUGAAAGGAGGUCAGUAGAGUGACCGUGUAGUGGAAUGACUGGUGUGUUCUGGGCGAACUGCAAACUUCGGUGCCGGUGAUAUUUUCAACUUCCAGGUGUUUGGUGCUAACAGAUCUGAAACAAAUUCAAUUUUCUGCGUUAGCAAGAGCCGUGGGACAGUUCCAGAAGCAGACACGAUGACGAGCACAGACAACAGUGGCAGGCUGAGGAUGCUGACCUACAUGUGCCCAGACGUGCCCCUCGAGGUGUUUACACUGCUGCGGGACUGCGUAGAGGAAGCCACGGGGUUGGAAGUCGACUUGAUGGUGGAGGACAGAUUCAACGGGCCCAGGCAAGACAGGGCCAACCCUUUCUCUUCCGAUCUGGCUGAUAUUGUUUACGUUCACAGCAGCAGUUACCUGAGUCUGCGCGCCGCCCAGCAAGAGAACAUGGAGCUGUGUCCCGUAGCGCCGGUGUGCACUCACCCGCUGGUCAACCAGCAGCCCGUCUACUUCUCCGAGGUCAUCAUACACGCGGGGAACAAGGAAAAGUACAAGGAGGUGAAGGAUCUGAAGGGCUGCUCCUGGGCCUACAAUGACGAACGCUCCCUCAGCGGCAACCUAAUUGUGCUCGACUUCUUGAAGAAAAACUUCAGCACCAACGCCUCGUUCUUUGGAUCUAUCGUUGAGUCUGGCUCUCACCUCAACUCCAUUAAGAAAGUUCUGGAACACAGCGUGAUCGGCGCGGCGGUCGACUCGACGGUCCUGGCCGGCUACCUGCAGGACCACCAGGAGCACCGCGACAAGAUUGUCUCCCUCAAGUCCCUGGGGCCGCUGCCCAUCUUCCCGGCGCUCUUCAACUCUCGCCUGUCGGGCGCAACAAAGCAGAAGAUCGUGGACAAGUUUCUGUCUCUGUCUGGCUCGGCCACGUGGUCGGAACGUCUGGCGGGGCUCGGGAUCUCUGGGUUCGCGCAGGUGGACUCGAACCUGUACUCUCUUGAGGAGGACGUGGCGGAGUACACGCAGGGCAUGAAGAUGAACACCGCCUACUACUGAACCGUCCCGCACGGUGGGAGGUAGCCUACUUUCGUUUCCAGGUGAAGGCUGCCGACAACGGAAUGCUCUGGAACUGGGAUCUCUUGUUUGUUUUCUUCCAGUCCAAUUACAGAACAAUCUAGAUAGAAUUUUGGGGUUUAUUUACUUUCGAGAUAUACACCAACUACAACGAAACUCUCUAGUACAAGAUUUUGGUUUAUCUAUUCUCUAGAUGAGUGCUGCUUGAUUUUGAGAGAUAUAUAUGUAUUUUGAGAUAUAAUAUAUAUGUAUUUUCAAGAUGAACACUGCCUCCAACUGAACUCUCUAGAAUUAUGGGACCUAUUUCUGCUCAAGAUGAUAAGCUCCAGCUAUUGCUGAACUUUCUAGAAUGAUCCAGAAGCUUGGGACUUCUAAUGUUGCUUGUUAUAUUUGAGAACAAUGUUGCCCUUGUUGAUGAACGGCUUACUUAACUAAAGGAAAUGAGUGUUAUUGUCAUACACAGUCGUUUUAUUUACCAAAGGUUUACAAAAGUAAUUAGUAGUAAAGUAUUAUACUUUCUGCCUCGACUCGGUAAAACUCUUCCUCUUCAGUUUGUAUACAUGUCUAUAUUGAGCCCGAGGUAUGGCUAUUUUCAUCUAGGUGAUGUCUAACUUGUUUGAAAAGAUAUUGUGUUUUGUUCGUUUAGGGCAUUUUUGUUGUUGUUUGGUUUUUUUGCUGGUUUUUUUAUUUUUUAUUAAUAAUUUGAUGCAGAUGAAGUGUUUUAGCAAAGCUUGUGGCAGUUUUGUUGGUGUGAGAAAAAAUUUGAUAGCGAGUACUGUUCGGGGUUCAAUAACAUUAAUUAAAUAUGCAUUUAUUCCUUUUUGAGCUGUGGUGAAGUUGAGAGGACGGUGCAAGACGUGGUAAA